UUCAAGAUGGCGGACAGUCAGCGAUUCACUUCUGUCUAAAUGUAGCAUUAGGCUAAACGACGUCCAAGCUAAGCUAUGGGAUGCUACGCGACUGUGUGACAGUUUUUAGUGGAGAAUCUUCUGGAAACAUAGUGAUAUUACAACGAGUGACUGAGAAUGGAAAUAUAGCCAAGCUGAGCUAAGGGAUGGAGAGUGACUGCAGGAUUCCCAUGUCAUGUUUAAGACCCAGAGUUCUGGUCCUGCAUGCGCUUUUCUGGGGACUGGUUUCUCUCAGAGUGUUUGGGGCAGCAUUUCUUGGUGAGGAGAAGGGUACCAUAGUAACAAAGUCACUGACCAUGCCAUGUUGGCAGAUGGAAGAGUUUGUAGUCGCGACAGAAUGCUCUCUGUGUAGUGCUUUUCAAACGAAGACAGUAAUAUCCUGCUCCCAGACAGGAUACGUGGAGAGGAUUAACUGUACCAAGUCCAACAAAGAUGAGUACAAAAGUUGCCGCUCAGCAGUAAUGGAGGAGCAUCUAUUUUGGAAAUUUGAGGGUGCUACGUUAGGCCUUACUGUUCUCUUUGCACUAGUAGUGAUCGGGCGGCAGAGGUCUUUAGACCGGCAAGCCUCAGAAAAGGUCCGGAGGCAGAUUGAAUCUAUUUAAUACUCAGAACUGUAUUGAGAAGUAUUGUACUUUUACAGAGAGCAUCAUUUUGUCAGUGUUCGAUCACUGCUGUAGUAGCCAGUUUAACUGGCCUGGACUGUGAUUGCUGGACAAGCGUAAACAAAGCUCAUCAUAUCUGGAUGGAUGGAUGGACACACUUUUUGUUUCUUUUCUUUUUUUAACUGCUUCCAUGCAGCGUCUUUUCACACAAGUUCCAUUAGUGAACUUUUAACUGUGAACCCUCCAGGUUUUAAUAAGGUGAUCGUAACAUAAAUCAACAGAUAUUAUAAUACAGUAUAAUACAUUAGAAAAGAUUAACAAUUUGCUUAUUUGUGAGAUUUUUGUACUUAAGAUUUUUAGUUCCCUAUCAGACAAUGAACAGUUCUCUACUACACGUUCUCGCUAACAAUGAACUGACUUUAUGUGAAAAGUUUUUGACAUUUGCGUUCUAUCGUGUUUAGAAUUCUGCUUUAUAUUAUUUGUCCUGAAACUGUUGUUCUGAGAUGUUUUAAUGACUAAAUUAAUGCAACCUGCUUUACUGUGUGCUUUGACAUGUGUGUUGCAAAUCAACUUGCCGGGAACGUAAACAUAGACAGAGGAAUCAGGUUGUUGUGGCCACAGUUUCAUUAUUUUUCUUUUAAAUUUUGAAUAAAACAAGGAUUAUAUUCCCCAGAAAAACCUGAGAAAUAUUCUAGUUUGCUCUAAUUUUACUGAUCGUGUUUAGGCAUUAAUGCAGUAUAUUCCCAUUUCUUGCAAAAAAGUUCAUUUAUAAAAAAUUUUUUUUUUUUUUUGGUUUUGUUUAAUUUUUUUUUUCUUUCUUGGUUCUGAAACCAGCUCAAAGUGUUUGCUUCUCAUGUUGUAAACAGUUUCCAGCGUAUCUCAGCACCAGAUUCAGGUUUCAUCGAUGCCAGGCACUGCACGUAUUUUGCUGCUGUCUAAAACAUAACUAAACUCUAUAAUGUAGGUUAAUGUGCAUAGGUUACUUUUUAAAUGGGCUAAUUGCUAAGUGUUGGGUAUGUGAUAUCCUUUUUCUGGUGUUUAAUUAUUAUUAUUUUGUUUUAUUAUUGGCACAAGCAGGAGGAGCCUUUGGUUUCAGGUACUCAGCUGAUCAUCUUAUACUAUGCUAUGCUUGUCUGAUUAUGGUGCGUGUGCUGGCAUUGUAAAGCAAGUUUUCAAGAGUUGAGUUUUCUCGAGUUCAUUGAUGCAAUGGAGAGACAAAUGGCUGCAUGCUGUUCUUUGUUUAACCAGAUUUACUGGUCCACCUGACUGUAGAUAAUGUAUUUUUAUUAAAGAAGGGAGAUGUUUCUUAUUCUCUGUAUUUAAAAGGGAAACUGGGGAAUAAACCAAAAAGAAAGGAAAAUGCAUUUUUUUUGUUUUUCUUUUUUGUUUUGUUUUCCUUUAAUGAGGGCUACUUUGCAAGCCUUAUAUACCACUGUAAUGUGAAUUAAAGACAGCAAUUUUGACAGCAACAGUAAUAGAGUCUCUCCAUGAAGAGAGAAUGUGAUUGUAAACAUGCAAAAAUGAGUAGCCUAGUGUUAUGUCUAAUAACAAACAGAAGUGUUCACAUGCCUGAAAAUUCCAUAUAGUAAUUAAAUCUUUUCUCAACAAUACCAUGCCAUCUGUGCUCAUUUUGAUCAUGGCUCUAGUGCACAAACUUUCUACCUUAAUGACAUCCAAGCAUUCGUGAAACGCUGGGAUAAGUGCAUUAGUGUUGCAGAGGAUUAUAAAGAGAAAUAUAAUUACAAAUAUAAUAUAAUUGGAAACAAUUACUCUCAAUUGUGUUCUCUUAUUCUGCACAAUCACAAGUCCCGGUCCAACCAGAGCCCUCCUUGUAAAAUACUUAAUCUUCAUAUAAGGAAAAAAAGUGCCAGUGGAUGUUUUCACUUCAACUCUAAAUCACACUGCACUCUGUAAAAUAAAAUUAUGCCACAUAUCCUGUGGAUUGAAAUAUUAAACCUUGUUACCACUUGGUGGUGCUAUGACAAUAAAUUACAUUUGGAAUGUG